CUGUUCGGUGGUGUUUGCGGUUCUGUGUGAAUUGCUUGAUUCUAAACUAAGAAUUUAAGAUAAUUCUCGGAUGGUCUGGUGUCGCAAGUUAAGUACGCAAUUAUUAUUGUGCUCUUCUCACGAGGAACAUGUAUACUGUAUCAAAAGGACCUAGCAAAAUUGUCGCAAAGACACGAAGAGGAAUUAGUCAAAAUCUCGAGAGGCUGGAGACCUUGCGCGAUUUAACAAGAAAAGCAGAUCCUGACGAUGACCACGAGACCACCCGCCAUGUGCCGAAGCCAGUCUUUCACAUGAAUGGAAAAUCUAAACUCAGUUCACAGAGGCAUCAAAUGCAGGAAGUUAUAACGCCGCAACACGAGGAACUUAUUAAAUUUGUUUACGAAUCAUGGAAUCAAGUGAAUACAAGGCAAAGAAGUGAAUCGUCAGAUGGUUCAGAUUGUUCAGAACCCUCCAGUCCUAAUUCUAUAGUAUAUUAUAAUGAUGGUGAACCAAAUGAUACUCUUCAAGAUUUCAAACCAUUUGAUUUGGAAUCGUGGUGGGGUAAACGAUUAUUUAACAAUAUUACAAAGUCUCUUUGAGGAAAAGAGAAGCUUGUAAAAGUUCUGAAGAUAAAUAUUGAAGUAGUACAGAAUGGCAGACAGUGCUAGAAAUUAGCCUGUUUCCCGUUCUAAAUGCAAUCUAAGAAUCACUGAAUUAUUGCAUAGUGUUAAACUCGAAGUUUAGAAACGAACUUGGUUUGCUAAAUAUUACAAUUGGUGAAUUUAUAUUCUCAUAUAAUGCAUACAUAGUGUAUUCAUUGCAAUGGAUUACGUAUUUUUUUAAUAGAACUGUUAACAAAUUUUCUUAAUAUAUGCGAGGCAUCGAAGUUGAAUUUAAUUAUUGAAAUUUUUGUACACAUGUGUAUGUAUAUACAUAGUACAGUGUUUUUUUUUUUUUUUUUUGAAAAAUUUUAACAAACCCGCGUUAAAAAUGAUUUGCAUAGAUCGAAUAUGCAUUUUUAUCGACAGUGGUAUUGAAUAAGUGAUACAACAAUACAAUACAAAUUAGAUUUCUUCAUAUUUAUAAAGAUGCUCCAAUUUUAACCAAUGUAAAAGUGUACAGGAACUUUCUUUAAAUAUAUAAAAAAAAAGUGCGAAAUUCAAAUUGAAUAACAAAAUUUAUGAAAUACAGGAUAUGAUCACCAAUUUUGUUAUUAGGAAACAAUUAUAGGUUUUUUAAAUACUGAAGGUGAAUAUAUAGUUCAUAAAUGCAUACCAAAUAGAGUUAA